CUGAAACCAUCAAACCUCUGAUGACGACAGCAAGUUGUGUGAUCGUGUAGUGUGUCUGAGAACAAAGGGUUAAAUAGAACAGAGCUGCACAUCAUGAGUCAGUGUUUCAGGCUCCUCCCUCUCCUCACUCACCUGAGACAAACCAGGAAACUGUUGGUCACUGAAGAGACACAGGCUGAACCACAGACGAUCAGGUUCACUGACAUCGUCCUCUGAGUGAGUCCAGCUCCUGGAGAGGAAAGUGGAGAACUUCACCUCUGCUGCCUCCACCUGCCGACGCUCCACAUAACCAACCUUCACUCAGACUAAAUGGCUUCCAGAUCAGAGGAGGAUCUCUGCUGUCCGGUCUGUCAAGAUGUCUUCAGAGAUCCUGUUCUUCUGUCAUGUAGCCACAGCUUCUGUAAAGACUGUGUGAAGAGAUGGUGGAGAGAGAGACCACAACAAGAGUGUCCAGUUUGUGAGAGAAGGUCUUCAAGAGAAGAACCACCUUGUAACCUGGUGUUGAAGAACCUGUGUGAGGACUUCUUACAGGAGAGAGGUCAGAGGUCUUCACAGGCUCUCUGCAGUCUGCACUCUGAGAAACUCUCCCUCUUCUGUCUGGACCAUCAGCAGCUGGUGUGUGUCGUCUGCAGAGAUUCAGAAAAACACACCGACCACAGGUUCAGACCCAUCGAUGAAGCUGCUCGACAACACAAGAAGGAGCUUCAGGAAACUCUGGAGCCCUUUAAGAAGAAGUUGAGGAAUUGUGGACGUGUUAAAGUGAAGUUUGACCAAACAGCAGAACACAUUAAGGUCCAGGCCCGACGCACAGAGAAGCAGAUUCAGGAGCAGUUUAAGAAGCUUCACCAGUUUCUACAAGAGGAAGAGGAGGCCAGGAUGACUGCACUGAGGGAGGAAGAGGAGCAGAAGAGUCAGGUGAUGAAGGAGAAGAUGGAGGCUCUGAGCAGAGAGACAGCAUCUCUUUCAGACACAGUCAGAGUCACAGAGGACGAGCUGAGAGCCGAAGACGUCUCGUUCCUGCUCAACUUCAAGGCUGCAGUGGAGAGAGUCCAGCAGCGCCCCCUGCUGGAGGAUCCACAGAUGCCCUCAGGAGCUCUGAUAGACGAGGCCAAACACCUGGGCAACCUGACCUUCAACAUCUGGAACAAGAUGAAGGACAUGGUCUCCUACAGUCCUGUGGUUCUGGACCCAAACACUGCUCAUCCAGGACUCAUCCUGUCUGAAGACCUGACCAGUGUGAGUCUGGGAAAGAAACAGAAGCUUCCUGACAAUCCAGAGAGGUUUGAUCGUUACUGGUCUGUCCUGGGCUCUGAGGGUUUCAACUCAGGGACUCACAGCUGGGACGUCCAGGUCGGAGACAACACACGCUGGGGACUGGGUGUGAGAGCAGAGUCUGUCCAGGUGAAGGGAGACAUACAGUCUGGAUUAUGGGGAAUAUGGUUCUAUAAAGGUAAAUACUUUGCACGGUCACCAUCAGAUCCAGCCUCUGUUCUCACAGAGCAGAAGAAGAUCCAGAGGAUCAGAGUGAAUCUGGAUUGGAACAAAGGAAAACUGUCGUUCUCUGAUCCUGAUACUAACACACACAUACACACCUUCACACACACUUUCACUGAGAAGAUGUUUCCAUACAUUAUCAAUGUGGGUCACAUGAAGCUGUUACCAGAGAAGGUCUCUGUGAUCGUGAGACAGAACAGUUAGAGAUGCCAGUUCAAGGUGGUGGAUUCUGAAACAGGAAGAUGUGAAAACAUCAACACAGAUCACAGUCGUGUGUUUGUGAGAGAGUUCAAAUCUCUGGCAGCAGAAACAUGGACUCAGCAGCUUCUUUGUGUUUCUGUUUAUUGGCUGAAGUCAAGUAUCAGGUCCGUGUUUAAUUAACCUCGACGCUUCUGUAAUCAUUUCUGUGCUGGUUUGGUCUUUUUCAGCCACGUCUGCCUCGUGUUACCUUCUGAAAUGGCUCAUCGAUGUUCCACAGUUGAUUUAUAGAACGAUGUAAUCUAUGGAUAAUACUCAUAAAGAAAUUGAAAUGGCAUCUAACAGUCGGGAAUAUAAUCCCUCUUUACGGUGUCUGUAAGCUGUGAUGACUAAUCCAGUAAUAUUUCUACAUAUAGAUUCAUGACAUCAUGGAUUAACAUGUUUUAUUGGUAAUUGUCAUUUUACUCAAUUUACUUACUCUUGCUACUAACUUUUUGCUUUCAGAGUCGUCAUUAUGAAGGUCAUUAUUGAUGAUUAAAAAAUAUAUAAUAACA